AAUUUCUUCUACAGACAGUGCAAGGCCGGCGAGGUUACGUAGAAAUCAGGCGUUCACUCAGUGAGUCGCAAAAGCCGGCUUUUUUUACGACUCCCGCGAUCCCUACACUUAACUGUAGCCCUGGUAGAAAUCAUCUCCACAUAAAUCAUUAUGUUUGUUGUAGAAGCACAGAUCAAUUUUGUUGAGAAAAAGAGGUUUGCAUGUUGUUCGCCGUUAUAACAUUCUUCCAUGGCGGAGCCAGGCAUGAAGCAAAACGCCAGGCCCCUCGAGUUGCCGGGGAAUAGAGACGGUUCGGAGAUUGACGGAAGUUCCCCGACAAGUGCUUCAACUACCAGUUCUGAUGGUGGUUCUCCACUUGCGACACACUUCUUUGGCGUUCGGCUGUUUGGACUGAGGCGCACAACUCUGAGACGCAACCGAACGAUAGACGUCCUUGAAUCGAUAGGAGCUUCACAACAGCUACAGGAUGGGCAAGAGGAGUAUCGGCCGACGUUCGGCCUCGGUCUAUCAGGCGGGGGCUUCCGGAGCGCGUCUUUCUGUGCAGGUGUGUUGAAGGGCAUACUUGACAGCAAACAGGAGUUGGAUUAUUUGAGCAGCGUGAGCGGCGGUGGCUACAUCGCUAGCUCCUAUCUGGACUGGAAAUACCGAGAAGGCGGAAAGGACGAACCGAAAUGGCAUAAGGCGUACUUCGGUCGGAUGGUCGAUCGCAUCACCAAUGGCCUUGCUAGAUUUGAACGGGACACGUUUCUGGGUGUCAGAGACGUCGUGGUGGGACUGUCCAAGCUUAUCUUCGUGCAUGUGUUCGUGUCCUUGCUGCUGCUCCAAGUUGCUAACAAUGUGACGCUGGAGUAUAUCCGCAUCGCUCGAGGCUUCAGUAUCGGGCGGCAACUUGCAGCUCGUGAGAAGUCUGACGCCGGUUCGUUCCUGCUGCCUAGUCUUGUGUCGUUAAUUUUGCAUCUAAUUCUGCAGGAUGCACUGCUUCACCUGUUCCAUUCGAAACACAUCUCAAAGGCCAAGCAUCUGAUUGGAAGCUUGUUCAAGAUCUACUGCUUGAGAGAAGUCAUUUGCGACAUGGUCUUCAUCCUGCAUGAUGUACUUGCUCUGGGAACUCUGGCGGAGGACACAUGUCACCUGAUGGCGAAUGGUCUACAGUCAGUGUCAUACUGUGGUGUGCUCCCAGGGGUGCUGUGCUUCUCCGCAUUCGGAUCGUUCCGCUUGUUUCUGAGUCUGAUAGUGCCGAAUCGGUAUCGGCAGCGGCUUGACUUUGUGCUAUUGCUGGCAUUCGUGACGGCCACAGGACUGGAGCAAACUAUCACGUCUUCAGACGACACACCGAGUAGUGCGUUGAGAGACAGCUUCUGGAUCAUUGCCACGCUUGCAUUUCCGCUGCUGACCGUUUUCCACAACAACUAUCUGUUCAAUGUUGUCAAAAUUCUGGCUACUAGCGCUUUCUAUCAUCAAAGCGGUUCCACAUCCUCCACCUUUCUCCAGAAGUUUCUCGACUUUGCCCAGUCGUAUGAGUUCCAAUCGAAACGCUCUCGGCAUCGCAAACCCGGAAAAGAUCAGAAACCGAAGCAUGGCAACCUUAGAAACAAGGAUGAAGAGGAGCUGACUCUAGGAGACAUAGAAUCCAUCAAGCCAGAGUGGAUUUCUCAGAUCACAAUCAACAACUGGCGAUAUGAUGCAGAUGACCCUCGCGAUGUGGACUGCAAGAUGUUGACAACUUCGUCCAAAUUGGUGGAUAUCAUUGAUAUGACUCCAGAUGAUGAUAAAUCAAAGUUCAUGGACCUGAAACCUGCCAACCUGUUCCUGUCUACGGCAUUACAAAUGAGUGCAGCGGCUGUUGCAGUCGAAACAGGGACACGGUCCACUGUCAUCCAGCAAUUCCGUGAGAUCUUUGUCAUUUUUGGGCUAAGAGAUGACGUCUACCUGCCGUCAUGGUUCAACUCGCCUCAGCGUGAUGUUGACAUUGUUGUGAAGAUUGCAGAGUUGCUACUUUAA